AUGCUCCCGCCCUCACCACCGAGGCGCAACCUGCGCGCACGGAAGGCGCAGCAGCUCAAUCCGUACACGCUCGAGGCCAUACGGUAUCAGCGCACGCUCGUCCGGAACAACUGGGAGGACGCGGUGGUCAGCCAGCGAGAGUGGGCCAGGCAGGAAAAGAAGAGGCUCAGCGAAGAAGCAGCUCGCGCGGCGGCCGAGGCAGGCGAGAGUCAGAGCCAGUGGCUCGAGCCGGACCCGGAAGACGAGGCGCAAGAGGAGAGCUGGGCCAGAGAAGAGGAGAGGGAGAAGAAGAGGCGAGCGCAGUCAGCUACGGGCCGGCGGCGAGAUUCUCCAAGGGCGGGUGAUCGAGGCCAAGUCGCCGAGGCUGCGUCAAGAGGAGAUGCGCAAACCGGAGCGGCACCAUCAACUUCAAGGUCGAAGAUCGCGGGCCCAACAACAUCAGCUGAAAGGGCAAAGGCAACAUGGGGGCCCUCGACGCGCCUCCGGCUGUCGUCAGACUCUGAGACGGAGGCAGAGGAGACCAUCGCGCCACCUGCGAGGUCGUCCGGCUCCAAGGACGGGCCUCCCCGUGCCGGCAAGGCUGCCGCGCCGGCUACAAGAACGUAUGCCGGGCGUGGUGCAGGCAAGGCGAAGGUUGGGCCGACUAUCGCUCCAGUCGCAGACACUCCGCAGCAGGCACGGGCUCGAUCGCGCAGCGGCUCUUCGUCCGGCUCUUCGUCACCCGUCCUGGCCCCGCGCAAGCACCGACGGCUACGCUCGCUAUCCAAGCCCAUUGACCUCGUCAGCUCCGACACCGACCCCGGCCCGCCUGGAGUCGACUCCACGCAAGCCCCUCCAUCAGCAGCGACCCCGGCAGAAGAGCGCGUGCCCGGCUCGGGCUCAGUCGCAGCUGUCCACUACCUGGACUCUUCGGCCGACGAGGACAUGCCGGCGGGGCCGACGGCCAGCAGCAAGGCACGAAGCAGGCGAGGCCGGCGUCGUGCGAACGAAGGGGUCGCUUCCGACAGCGACAGCACCGACUACGAGCGCCGGUUCCGUCAGCUCAAGAAGAUGAUGCCCGCUGGCAUGGCGCGGAAGCACAUCGAGGACCUCCGUGCCAUGCGGCACGGCAAGGCUUACCACUCGGAUGGUCACAUUUCCUCGACGCCGACGGCGAGCGAGCAGAGCCAAGAAGAGGAUGGCGACGCCACUGUCCCAGCGGCCCGAUCCACACCGUCGACGAGCCCGCUCGACGCCGCAGAGCUCCGCCCAGGCCAGGCGAGAAAGAGGAUGCGGCAUCAUUCUCCGGGAGAGGGCGACCGCGACAGACGGUUCGAGCUCUUCCCUGCCGACUCGGAGUCUGAAAGUGGACAGGCCUCCGCUUCGUCCCAGGACGGGUCGGCUUGUAGCGACUCAGACUCAGAGGUCGAGAUGCUACGGCUAUGGGCGGAUCGGCGCCGCCCAAAGCAAGCUCGAGAGGCCGAUGCCAUCGAUCGCAUGCUCAGUCGCACCGACGGUGGGGGCAAGCGCCAGAAGAAGGCACGGCGCGGCGUAACUCAGGCGCGCCGGUCGCCGAAACAGCAUCGCCUCGAUGCUUUCGUCUCUGGGAACCUCGAGGCGGCGGGACCGGGAGACGUGCUCGCCCCUGGCAGUCACGGGGGACAACGACCGACCUCUGACGCCAAAGCUGUUUCCACAUCCGGGCUCAAGAGGAAGCGCCGGAAGGCCGAUCCUAGGGUAGGCAGGACCCGCAGCACGCAUCGCGGUCCGGCCGCCAGGCCUGCCAACCCUGCCGUCGUCAAGCCCAGGACCAGACCGCGGCUGGACCUUGUCAACGACGAUGUGCUGUUCGACUUCCAGGUUUCGCCUGGAUUGGAUGACGACUCGGAAGACGGGUUCUUUUCGAUGCUGGGACCCUCGCCUGCAGCUGCACGCUCAUCUCCCCAGCGCGCCCCCGCGAUUCAAAGGGACGAAGGCGCGGCUGAUGGAGCGGUGGCGCCGCAGCAGAGGAGGGCGCGCGAAGUCGGCAUAUCGCCGGAGGGCAAGGCCCCUCAGCGAACGGCCUUGGAGAGCCCGCACGUUGCUCGUGGUCGCGUCUCCAAUAAUGCCCUCGCACACAGCCCAUCGCCGCUCCGCCACCUCGACGAUCCGUCUCAGUCACCGGUGCCGGUGCCGCGACCAGGAUACUUGCAAGCGCGGGUGAUGCCGCAGACCAAGUCACCUGGAUCGGAUGCGCGAUCGGCAGGGGCGAACGGCGCGUCCUCUCCGAGCUCACGGCCCGCGGCGGCGGCCGACAAGCUGGACGCACAGAGGAUCGAGGCAGAUGCGUGGGACGACCACGAGGGGCUUCGGCUCGACUUUGGCAUACGGCCCCCGCCUGUAGGGCUGAGCUUCGCCGACGAGACCUUCCUCGGCCGUGGGCGGCUUCACGAGCUGCUGCAUCUGCCAGAGUAUCUCGAUGCGGCCGAGAGCGCUUUGCCGCCGAACUGGACCCGCCUCGGUGUACGGAUCGGCGGCAUCGAGCUCACGGCCAUGAUGUCGGCAGAGGAGGUGCUUGCUUCGCUGCCCGCGCUGUUCGAAGCGCUGAGCGAAGAGGGUGAGCUCGCUCGACGCGAGGGAGGAGACGCACCAGACGAGCCCUCGGGCGACGCGGCGCGGCGCAGGGGCGGAUUAGAAGAGGCCUCGCGCUUCAUCUGCCUCAAGCUGACGGCCGAAGCGCUCCAGCCCGAGCUCGGGCCGCAGGUCUUCCGCUUCUAUCGGGCCAUCAUCCACCAGGUCGAUCUGCUCCUCCAGCGUCUUCGCAAGAGGGCAGAUGCACCGCUUGAGCCGCUGCUCCGCUUGCUCUGGUUCCGCGUGGAGCUGUGCUGGAGGAUGCUCGCAGCAUGCGGCCAGGAUCAAGCCGCGCUGGCCCUCGACGGCCACGAGGUCCCUACCUUUCAGGAAUUGGCCAACAGCAGCAAGCUGCUCAUGCUCCUGCUCCUUCGGCACGGCCUCAACAGGACCAUGCGCGCGGUUAAGACCAUUGCGGAUGCUCUGGUGAGCGACCCGGGCGUGGACGACGGCGGCGCUCCUCGGCCGGCCGCGGUGACGAAGCUGGCCGACACGUCUGCCGAGAUGUGGGUCUGCCUCAUCCACCUGCUGGAUCGGGCCGGCAAGGAGGACAUGGGUGGCGUGCCGCUCUCCUUUUGGUCGGUCUUCGAGGCGGCCCUGACGCAGUGGCAAGGCCUCGAUCCCCGCAGGAGCUCGAUCAUCGCGGCCGAGAGCACGUGGUACUGCAUCUUCGGCAUCAGCGCCCUGUCGCACGUCUCGCCAUCGACGGGCACCGCGCACUCGAUCGGCCAUCUCGGCGAGCACUGGCCGGUGGUCGCCAGAGCGUUGGCGGCGGUGCGGCUCCGCUUCGACGCCGCCGUCGAGUCUUCGAUGUCGCUCUCGGCGCUCAACAAGCGGGACAGGUACGUGCGGGUGGUUCUGCACCGCUGCCUGGACCUCAGCGCGGCGUGGGGCUGGAAGAUGGAGGGCGCCGACCUCGCCCUCUCCCGGCUCUUCGACAUCUUCGACAGCCACCGGCUGACCGACCUGCCGAGCGAGAGUGACCACGACUUUCCGCGCUUCCUCCGGGAUUUCGACGAGCUCGCGCUGUACCAACCGGCGGAGCGCGACGACUCGUGCUUCCACGUCUUUGUCAAGCUCGUCGCUCGGGCCAGCCGGGAUCUGCGCGCUUCGGCCAGGGACCAGAGGGACGGGGACCGCAAGGUGUCGCGCCUCUUUUCGCGCAUCUCGCCUGUGCGCACCAUGGCCUUCACGCGCGACGACGUGCCAACGUCGGGCCAGCGGUCGAUGCUGUUCAACCACUACGCCGUCGUGAUGCUCUUCCUCUUCGUCGCGCCGAGCCAGGCGGCGCAGCGGCUCCGUCAGAUCAAGAGCUUCCUUCCGUUCCGGCAGGCCGAUUUCGCGUCGCAGGUGGCCUGCGUGCGCGCCAUGAUGUACGCUGCCGCCAUCUUCCGUCACCAUCGCCUCGACGUCUCGCCCAUCUCGGCGUGGUUUGGCGAGGUGGCGACUCUGAUGAUGAAGGAGUACGAGGCGCUCGAGAAGACGACGGGCACGCAGAGCCGGCGGCCACCCGGCGCUGCGCCGCUGGCGCCCAUGUUCCAAGAGGCCCGUGCCAGGCAGGUGGCGGUCCGGCGCCAGAGCGAGGUGGCGCGGCUGAUUGUGGCCGUCCUGCGGUCGCUGCAGCACGUCAUCGAGCACCCGACACUGUCGAGGCACGACGAUGUCGAGCUGGCGCAGCCCGUCUACCCAGACCUUAAGCUGCUGCACACCUCCUGGACAAAGGACAUCCUCGAGGCCCAGCUCGCCAUCGAUCCCGUCAUCGGCCACGAGGCGCUAAAGUGCAUCCAGUCGUUUCUGCUGCAGCGGAACCGGGCGGUUGCCAGCCGGGCCAGCACGGGCAAGCACGCCCCGGCCACCUCAAACGAGAGCCAGGACAGCUUUGCCGACCUCUUUGACGACGCCGGAUUCGACUUUGACGAUCCGACCCUGGACAACCUGCUGGGCGCGCAGCCGGCCGGCGAUGGUCCAACGGUCGAAGCGGCGGCCCCACCGCCAUCGCCAUCGACGUCGAUCAAGGCCAUGGACAGGGAGUUCGCCGACUACGCGAUCGACGUCAUCUCGCCGGCCCUCUUCCGCCUGGUAUCGAACAUCUACCAUCCAGACCGUCGCGCCGAGGGCCUUGUCAUCUCGCUCGGAGUCACGGAACGCCUGACGGCCGUGGCCGAGGGAGGCAGGAGCGACCGGCGCAAUCGCCUCGACCGGAUCGUCAAGGACGCCGAGCGGCGCCGGUACCUCGAGGCCGUCGUCGACUGCUGGGCCGGGUGCGCACACGUGCUGAUUCAGAAUGGGCUUCGGAGCUGGACGAGCUAUCUGACGUACGGCAACGAGUCGUGGAAGCGCAUCGACGAUCCGGUCGGCAAGCGCGACGUGGGGCUGCGCUUCCUGCUCAACGUGCUGGUCCUGGACCCGGCCGCGUUUGGCGAGCACGAGGCCGAGUUCAUGGCCAUGUGGUGUCACUCGGCCGUGGCGAGGGUGCUGAGCGUCCAGCACAAUUUCACCGUCGCGCUCUGCAAGGUGGCCUCGGGUAGCGUCCUGUGCCGGGGCUGGAAGGACAAGCUGCUCGACGGCUCUGCAUCGUCAGCUGCGGCAUCGGUCCACCCGACCAGUCUGAGCGACGACGCCGACGCAGGUGAGCCGGCGCUCAGGCUGCAAGACUUCCAGGCGAUCCGGGCCGAUCUGGUCGCGACGACGCUGGCCAAUAUUUCGGCCGACGCCGAGCGCACCGACGCCGAAGCGGCGAGGCGGCGUCCGAUGCUGUUCGCGUGCCUCUCUGCGCUGCUAUCGGCGCUGCGCCUCUACCUCGAGGACACGCCGGGAGAGGCAAAGGAGAGGCAGGCCUACCUCGACUUCUGCCGCGGCGUGGUGCGCGAGGUGCAGGCGCGCAUCGGCGGCACGUUGCUGCGGGGCGUGGGGAGCGAGGUGAGUCUAACGGUGGCCGCGCUGGAGCGGCAGCAAAGCGCCACGGUCCCGAUCGUGCCGCAGUAG